AUGCCAAUUAAGAAGAUGACAGUCGAGCCGAUGAAGACAACCUCGGCUAAGGAGCAAACCAUCAGCUCCAUGGUCGACCAGGGAAUGAUGGACAUGAAACGGACGCCGUAUCCGCCGUCGUAUAACGACAGGAUGUCUUGGUUUGCGGUAUUGUACAGAUUCGUCCCCGAUGGUAUAGGCGUGGCUGGUAUUCGGUACGCCUUUAAUCCACGUGAGAUCAAACUAAGAAGGUUGACAUGGCUUCUCCUCGUGUUCAUUGCUUUCUGUAUGACGGGCGGCCAGGUCAUUGAUAGGAUCCUGUUUUUUGCGUCCCAUCCGAAGGACGUUGACAUCAGCAUCGACUACAAGGAAGAGGUUCCUUUCCCUUCAGUCGCUAUCUGUAACAUCAACCAAUUUAGGAGACGAGCAGUGACCGGAACCGUCUUCGAGGACUUUCUUCCUGAUAUGCACUUUAAUUACCCUUCGGUAAAUCUGACUAAAUACAGAUCUGAGCUCGAGGCCUAUGAAAUGACCAGAGUGCUUCGAGAAAUGGGACAUGACAUUGAACUCACACUACCACUAGGAAUGUCCUGGAAUGGCAGAGAAUUGACGCACGCCAAUUUCACUCGUCGAGUCACCGAUGCGGGUGUGUGCAUUGUCUUUAAUGACAUCGACAAUGGAUUUCCGCAAUUGAUGGUCAAGAGUUCUGGUAUGCUACCUCAGCCGUAA